AUGUCUGUCAUCUCGCGUGCCAAGCGAAUUCGCAACCCCGCAUUGUUCGUUUGCGAUAUCCAGGACAAAUUCCGAAAUGCCAUCUUUGAAUUUCCUAAAAUGGUCCAAACAACCGACAAACUCGUCCGCGCCGCCAAAAUCCUCUCCAUCCCAACCUACAUCUCAACUCAAUCCCGCGCCAAACUGGGCCCAACCGUCUCCGAACUCACCGCCAACCUUCAAGGUCCCCAUAUUCGCGCCGAUUUCGACAAAACCCUCUUCUCCAUGGUCACCCCGGACAUUGCAAAGCAAUUACCCGUCAAAGCGCAAGAUCCACUGGACGUCAUUCUCGUGGGGAUCGAGACGCAUAUCUGUAUCACGCAGACGACGCUGGAUCUGCUGGAGCGCGGUCAUCGGGUGUAUGUCAUUGUGGAUGGGGUGAGUAGUAUUAAUGCGGAGGAGCGGGGGAUUGCGUUGGCCCGGCUGAGAGAUGCGGGGGCGACGGUGACGACAAGUGAGAGUGUGUUGUUUGAGAUCUUGGGAGAUGCGGGACAUGAGGCGUUCAAGGAGAUUAGUGGGUUGGUCAAGGAGACGAAGAGCGAGACCAAGGGGGCGUUGGAGGCCUUGUCGAAGAUUUGA